AUGAAUAUUGAUUCACUUCUCAAGGAUCUUGGAUUCAAGAAAUGUGAAAUGGAAUAUGGUGUGUAUAUGCAGCAUACUUCUGAUGGCAAUGUGAUUCAGGUGUGUCUUUAUGUGGGUGACAUACUUCUGACAUGGAGUUGUACUUUUGAGAUAAACAAGUUCAAGAAGGUGUUGAUGAAUGAAUUUGAUAUGACUGACCUUGGAAGUAUGGUAUAUUUUCUAUGGAUGGAGAUUUUGCAUUCUGAGAAGGGAAUUAUUAUGCAUCAACUGAAGUAUGAACUUGAAUUGCUGAAGAAAUUUGAGUUGUUGAAUUGUAAGUCAGAAGUCACACCUGCUAAGACAAAUCAUAACCUAGACUCUGAUUUUUAUGGAGAGGAUGUAGAUGAUAUACCCUUUAAACAGUUGGUUGGUUGUCUGAGAUAUCUAUGUAACAACAGGCCUGACAUAUGUUAUACAGUUGGAAUGGUGAGUAGGUUUAUGAUUAAACCAAAGUGGUCAUAUUAUCAAGCUACAAUCAGGAUUCUGAAUUAUGUAAAAGGAACUUUGAGGCAUGGAAUUUUAUUUCCAUCUGGAGUAUCAGGUGAUGCUGAGAUGAUAUGCUACUCAGACUAUGACUGGUGUGGAGACAUGGUAGAUAUAAGAAGCACUACAUGA